AUGCCGCUGACUCGAGCUCUGCGAGCCAGGGGAAUCGCUGCUCCGUGCAUCCCCGGUAGCAGUUACAGCGGCGGCAACUGCAGCAGCUGCAGCAGCUGCAGCAACACAUUUCUGCGCAAAUUUAACACCAACGCCCACAAUAGUAGCAGUGAACGGAAACAAUGUAGUAGUGGUACUACAACUGCUACCAGUGACUCGUGGAGGGGAACGCAUAGACACCAUCAACACCAUCAGCGGUGGCAGAAGCAUCAACAACAGAUCCGCAACAAAGAACAGCAAUUACUGAGUGCAGCAGCUAAGAGGUGGCAGCAAUUGUGGCACGCGGGUAACCCCCACGCUCCGCAGCCUUUUGACUCAGUUAACAACGGCAAUAACAGCUGCAGCGGCAGAACCAGCAGCACAGAGUGGUGUACAAGCCGCAACAGCGGAAACAGUAGCUGCAAGGAUGUAGUUCACGUCGUUCUGCUAAAUCUUGGCUCCCCAUUGAGGCCGACAUACACAGCAGUGUGGAGAUACCUAAAGCGGCUUUCACAGAGGCGGUACGCCUCCGUCUGGCUUUCUCCUUCUGCUGUUCAGAAUCGACUUUCGAGCGCUGCUGCUGCCCUGCAGCAACGGAAACAGCUCUUGCAUCAGCAGGGAUCGUCUUUGCUGCUGCAGCAGCUUCAGCGCGUAUUGGAAGGUGGUUCGGCUCCCCCUUUGCCGGUGUACUUAUUUUCUCUUGCUGCUCGGCUGCAGCAGCGCCUAGACCUGUUGCAGAAGCAGCAGCAUGAACAUAGGCGAUUCGUUCCUCGCUUUGAAGUUUCGGCUUGUGUUCGCUACGGGGAUCCUGAUGUAUCUGCUGUCCUGCAAAAGCUGCAAAAGCAGCAUCAACAGCUCAAGUUGCUGUUCAUACCCCUCUAUCCACAGCCUACCGCUUCUUGCACAGCAUCAGCUUAUGAUGCGGUGUUCCAUGAGAUACGAAAGUGGAGGGUUAUGCCAGAUUUGCGGAUGGUUUCGGGGUACUGGAACAAUGAAGCCUACAUUGAUUCCGUCGCAGCAUCUGUGAAGCAAUUCUGGGACCAGCACGGACGAGGUGACCAUUUGCUAUUUUCUUACCACGGCAUACCGCGCGAUGUGAGCUGGGCAGCUGGAGAUCCGUACGCGUGCUACUGCUUCCAGACAACUCGCCUCGUGGCAGAGCGCUUGGAUUUGAAGCCUGGAGAGUAUGAGGUCGCCAUGCAAUCAAGAACGGGUUGCGCGGAGUGGACGCAGCCCUACUUUAUCCCCGCUUUGGAGGCACUUGCCAAAGCCGGCUGUCGACGUCUUGAUGUGGUGUGCCCUGGCUUCGCUGCGGACUGUUUGGAGACUCUGGAGGAAGUGCAAACCGAAGCGGCCAACUAUUUUGCAGGCUUUACUGAUGGACAAGGGGAGCUACGCGUGGUCCCUUGCUUGAAUGACACGGAUGAGGCGGUGGCUGUUCUAGAGUCUCUUGUGCUUGAAAAUACCAAGCAGUGGAGGCCGAAGCCGCGCUGA